GUCGAUCAUUAGCUCGGGAACGGUGGCAACGCAAACACACGCUCGGCGGCGAAAAACUCCAAACUCGGCGACUCGAAACGCAAAGCAAAAAAUAUAAGAAUAAAGCUAGAAACGCGCUAUACUCGGCAAUCUCGACUGCAUGUCCUCCUCUCAGCCGAUCCAAGCGAUUACUGAUUACGAUACGGAGAAGGAUCUGACCAGAUCUUGGUGAUUGUGUCUUGACAGUGUCUUUGUGCGCGAUCCGAAAGUUUGACAAACUUCAACGAGAGCUCCUCCACGGGAUUACAGCAGUUACGCCGGACAAAGGCGGGAGCAACACAAAUAUCUGACAUGACCACAUCGCAUAUAUUGUCCGCCGUGGAUCCAACUACCGGACUCAGUGGCAAUGUGGCGGCAGGCGGCGGGGCUGGAUCGCCGCAGCAUGUGGCCCACAAUCACAAUGGACAUGGGCAGGCGCACUUACAUGGCCACGGACAGGUGCACGGCGGAGGAGGAGGAGGUGGCGUGGUGGCGGUUGCCUCUGGACCCAGCGGCAGUGGCCGAGCAGCUCCGGGCAGCCCCAGCGAGCUGGAUCGCAAUCUGCGCGUCUCACUGGAUGAUCGCGAGCUCUGGCUGCGCUUCCAGAAUCUCACCAACGAGAUGAUCGUCACCAAGAACGGCAGACGCAUGUUCCCGGUGGUGAAGAUCAGCGCCUCGGGCCUGGACCCGGCGGCCAUGUACACGGUUCUGCUGGAAUUUGUCCAAGUGGACUCGCACCGCUGGAAGUACGUCAACGGCGAAUGGGUGCCCGGCGGCAAGGCGGAGGUGCCUCCCUCGAAUCCCAUCUACGUACAUCCCGAGUCACCCAAUUUCGGGGCACACUGGAUGAAGGAGCCCAUUUCCUUUGCCAAGGUCAAGCUGACAAACAAGACCAACGGCAACGGUCAGAUCAUGUUAAACUCCCUGCACAAGUACGAGCCGAGGGUGCAUCUGGUGCGGGUGGGCUCCGAGCAGCGGCAUGUGGUGACUUACCCCUUCCCGGAGACGCAGUUCAUCGCUGUGACGGCAUACCAGAACGAGGAGGUGACCUCGCUCAAGAUCAAGUACAAUCCCUUCGCCAAGGCCUUCCUCGAUGCCAAAGAACGGCCGGACACGCUGUAUCCGCACGACACCCACUACGGCUGGCUGAUCCCUCCGCCCACACACUAUGCAGCCGCCGCUGCUGCAGCCGCAGUGGCUGCCCCACCACCGUUGUCCCUUGGGCAGAGCCACAGCCUGGUGGGCGCCACCACAGUGUCGUCGGCGGCCACAUCGGGAUCCAGCUGCGAUCGCUAUGGGCGCUCGCUAUCCAGGCCCGGUGUGGCACCCACCACCCGCAGCACGCCCUACAGCAGGCCACGAGUCGUCUCCGGAUCGGGCUCUGGAUCGAAUGGCAGCGCCGGCAAUCCCUCCUCCUCAUCGCCACAGCCACCAUCGGCCCCGCAAACACCCACCAGCAUGCAGUCGACGGUGCCGGGAUCACUGAGCACCAGCGUGAGCAGCAGCAGCAGCAGCGGGGCUGGAGGAGGCGUUGGAUGCUACGGCAGCGCCUACUCGCAGUCAGGCUUCAUGCCAGUACCCGUGGAGGCCAGUCCCACGGCCUCGGUAUUCUCGUAUCCCGGCAGCUGGCAGAGCAAUGGCAAUUACUGGAACGCCUCAAGUGUGCCCGGUCCCAUGCCCAUGAACGUCUGCAGCAGCAGUCGCAGCACCAUCUCCACACACAACUCGCCAUCGCCGACGAACGGAUCGCCGAGCUACACGACACCCUCGCCCAGCUACACCAUCCACCAUCUGACGCCCCACGGCCACCAGUACAACAUGGGACAGACGGACCUAUACGGCAGCGGUGUGGGGGCCACUGGCGUUGGCUCCUCCCAGACGGCGUACGGAGGCACGCAUCAGGUGUACCAUCCCACGCCCACCUCGCCCACCCACCAGCUGUAUACGAACGUGCUGAACGCUCCGUCGGCGCUCAGCUACCCCACGGGCGGGUGGCACAACGGAUCCGGGGCAGAGUACGGGCUGUACCAGAAUGCAGCAGCGGCCGCCUACUACCAGCCAGAGUACAUACCGCUGGAGAUUGGCUACGCCUCACACCCCCUGGAGCCCGUGGACGUUUCGAAGGCGCUGGACGAUCCGCAGUCGGAGUUGUACAAGCCGAGCGAUGAGCACAGCUCGGUGAUCACCCUGGAGUGUGCCGGCACAAGUCUGAAGCACAACGACAUUAAGCUGGAGUCCUCCUCCUCCGCCUUGGAUCAUCACUCUGUGGACAGGGGCGCUGCCGUGNUUCCAACGGCUGUUCCCACUUCAGUGGUCACUGCGGUCAGCGCCGAUACAUGGACGCCUCUGACUCCGCCCCAGAGCACGCUGCAGUAACUGGCAGACGUGGCAGACGUGGCAGACGCACAGUCCCAGCCUUUAGACGCAUGACCCCCUCCCAAUGGAUAUUCAAUCGUAUUAGACUUAGAAGUUAUACUCUAGCACUCCCCAAAUGCACAUCCCAAGCCCACUCCAAUUGUAGAUUUACUUACGCUGUAAACACUUUCCUAUAAAGCCUAAUCAAAGUACUAUCUUUAAA